CUUGUUUAUAUAACUUUUCAUAGCUAUUUUCUGGCAAAUUUAUGGUGGCAAAACACGCAGUCAACAAAUUUCUUGUUGUUUCACCCCAACUACCGCCACUACAUCUCGCUAAUUCGUCCGCUCUUAAUGGUAUCUUUGGAUAUAACUACAUAUAGAUAGAAAUUUGACAUAUAGAGCGAAAAGAGUUAUCAGAUGCUUCUUUGGUGCAUCACUGCGUACUUUUGCCGUUAUAUUUGAUGCCAUUAAAUUUUUAUGUACUUCCAUCUUUUGCAUUAUUUCAUUUAAAAAUGGUACAAUGCUCGUUGGUGGGGGCGCUAUGAAGGCAAAUCAAAGUUAAUCAAUCUUUCUUACGCUAUGAAGACAAAAAUCUCAGCUUACAAAUAUAUGUAUUUUGUGUGUGUUUUAGUUUUGCCGUUAAUCUAGCUAUUUCAGCUUUAAGAUGAACUCUUUCUGUAAUACAACAUAAAUUUGUACAUAUUGAUGUUGCACAAGCACUUGUUGAAUCUGAAGACAAACAAUCAUUGUUGAAAAGAAACCGAUUUUUAUCAAAGCCGUUAAAAAUAAAAUUUAAUUAAAAUCAAUAUGAUAAGAGAGAUAUAGUAGUGGCGGUAGUUGGGGUGAAACAACAAGAAAUUUGUUGACUGCGUGUUUUACUACCAUAAAUUUGCCAGAAAAUAGCUAUGAAAAGUUAUAUAAACAAAAGCCGGAUGUGUUGGACGCAAUGUUUGGUAAUGUUCUAUCGUUGUAAAAGAAAAUCUUUUGAUUAUGUUUAUAUUUAUGUUCUAGAAUACGUUAAAGAUAAUCAUGGCUUACCAGGUUUGGUACGUUCAACUUUUAAUGCACAAAUAUCAACAAAAUGUCAUAUUAUUGUGAAUGUCAUGACUAAAAAGGGUGAACGUAAACGAAGACGAAUUAUCGAAAAAAGACGUUCAGCGAUUACGUUAGUCGACUUAAAAUAUGCUGAUGGUCAUACAUUAAAUAAUAAUUUGACUGUACCUGAUGUUACUGUUGUGCCCGAUGAUUAUGACAACUUGUUUGAAGGCAAAUAUGAUUCAAGCGACGAUGAGAAAGCUGAGGAUGAUGAAGCUAUAUCUCCAUCUCAGUUAGCUGAUUGGUUUGGUGAAGAUAUGGAUGGUAAUGAGAUACCAGAAAAUAAACCAUCAAAGAGGGAUUGGGCUUCAGUAUUAAUGAUAUUUAAAGCGCGAUGUGGUGUUAAUAAUGCCACAAUGAAUUAUGUUUGCAAUAUGCUUCGAUUGAAAAUAUCCCCGUACUAUGAAAAUGUUCCCAGCAGUUGGGAUGUGAUCAAGUUAAUACAAUAUUAUGUAUAG